GAUGCCGGUCCGGCUCGUCGACGGAUACGCCGUGCGAGUAUAAGUUCGAUUGGGUUUCCCCUUCCUUGUGGCUCUUCGUCGCCAUCAUUCUCGAGAUCGUUGACCAGUAUCUUAUUCCACAAUGGCUCCAUACACGCUCAUUGCCGCGGCCCUCCUGGGCCUCACGGCUGCUCAAACCCCAAUUGGCAGUCCCGACGUACACCCUAAGCUCACAACAUGGAAGUGCACAAAGGCUGGCGGCUGCAAGUCGCAGCAGACUGCGCUCGUGCUCGACUCCGCAUCGCACCCCAUCUACCAGAAAGACAACACCGCCAAAGGCUGCGGUAACUGGGGAAGCCCGCCCGACCCAGCCGUAUGCCCUGAUGAAGCGACCUGCGCCAAGAACUGUGUCAUGCAGGGCAUCCAGAACUAUGCCGACUACGGAGUUACAACAAAGGGUGGAGCCUUGACGAUGAAUAUGUAUGGCAAGAACGGCGUUGCAAGCCCGCGCAUCUACCUCCUCGCGGAAGAUGAGAAGAAGUACGAGAUGAUCAAGUUGACCGGCAAUGAGUUCACCUUCGAUGUGGACAUGUCCAAGCUGCCGUGUGGAAUGAACGGUGCUUUGUACAUGUCCGAAAUGGAGGCGACCGGUGGCCAGUCCACGCUCAACCCCGGAGGUGCCGCAUACGGCACCGGAUAUUGCGAUGCUCAGUGCUUUACGACCCCGUGGGUCAACGGUGUUGGCAACAUCAAGGGCCAGGGUAUCUGCUGCAACGAGCUCGACAUCUGGGAGGCGAACGCACGGGCGACCCAAGUCGCACCGCACACCUGCUCCAAGCCAGGUCUCUACCGUUGCACUGGGGACGAGUGCGGCGCUGCCGGUGUCUGUGACAAGAACGGCUGCGGCAAGAACCCCUAUGCCGCCGGGGAGAAGAACUACUACGGUCUUGGCCAGAACUUCAAAGUUGACACUUCGAAGCCGUUCACCGUCGUGACGCAGUUCCCAGCCACAGACGGCGUACUUACGUCGGUCGUGCGCAAGUACGUGCAGGGCGGAAAGGUCAUUGAGGAUGCGGCUUUCAACGUCACCAUGAACGACGACUACUGCACGAAGAAUGGAGCCAAGACCUUCAUGGGUCUGGGUGCCAUGAAGGGUAUGGGCGAGGCGAUGAGCCGUGGUAUGGUGCUUGCUAUGUCCAUCUGGUGGGAUGAGGGCGGUUUCAUGAACUGGCUCGAUAGCGGCAACGCCGGGCCUUGCAAUGCGACCGAGGGUGAUCCCAAGGUUAUCCAGCAGGUCGAGAAGGCGCCUGCUGUGAUCUUCAGCCAGAUCAAGUGGGGCGAGAUCGGUACGACUUUCGGCACGAAGAGGCUCAACAGGUGGGAUAGAGAGUAAACAGCUGCUCGAGAGUCGGUCCCCAGAUGAAUGAUUGAUAGCCGA